AUGGGAACGGAUCGUAGAGCGUCUAAACGUCAGACGGGAGGCGGUCUGGGUCGUUUUCAGCCGGUGGACCUGCCGCUGCUGCUGCCGGCGUCCUUCCGAGCCUGUUCCGCCGUCAGCUCUGCCAAGCCUCCUCCGCCUCCGCUUCUGCCCUACCCUGCCGGAGGUAAGGAGAGUGGUGACCUCAAGAACGGCGAGUCUCUGGUGGCAGAAAGAGAAGCUGAAACUGAAAAGCUGAAGGCCGAUCCUCUUCGUCGCAGGCAAGCUGAUGAUGCCUCGUCAGAUCAGAGCUCCAAGUGGUUUAACCCUCAAGAGAAAGACUUCAACUUCUCUUGGGGUGAAACUCUGGAUGCUCUCCAAAACAUCGCCGGCCGCUCAUCUUCCUCUUCAGAAAUGAGACUACCAGUUCUCGGUGAAAGCCGCCGUCAGAAGAACAACGAAGCUGCGAAGCGUUCCCGUGACGCCCGUCGGGCCAAGGAGGACGGCGUCGCGGUGCGGUGCGCCCUUCUGGAGGCUGAGAACGUCCAGCUGCGUCUGGAGAUGGCCUGGCUGAAGAACGAGACGGCCAGGCUGAAGUACGUCCUGUACAGCACCUGA